ACACACUCUCUCUCUCACUCUCUCACACACUCUCUCAACUGUAUACAUUCACACACCCACCCUUGCCGGCUGUCACUCGCUACAUCUUCCACUCAUAGCGCACUCUUCGCAACCGACCGACCAUCUGCGGGCGGAUCAACAACCCCAAUUCCGAAUUCGGCCCCAACAUCACAACAACAACAACAACAACACCCACCCACAGGCACAGGAACAAAUACCAAAUCGGACAAGAGCAGGACAGAGCAGAGCGAAGCAAAUCGGAGUCGAGCAGAGCAGAUAAGCGCCGUGGUGUCGAGCCUUCGCGCGCUGCUUCUUCGUCCCGGGCGCAAUGCCGGCCAUUCCUUUCCCUCUCCCUUCUGCGCCCUCACUAUCUACCAACACGCGCAUCCUCGACUCGCGACAAUUACGCCAUGCCGCCUAUACCUAUGCGCGGAGUGUCAUUCGAACUGCUCAACACGCCAAACGCGCUCUCCUGCCCCGACAGAGCCCCAAUGGCGUGACAAUCGCAAUUCCCGCGCAGUACGAAGGCCUCAAUUCCGGCCCAGCACCUGGAGCCGUCGCCGGUAUCAUACUGGGCAGCGUCGCCGGCUUCUUGCUGUUGAUCUGGUUGCUAUGGAUUGCCAGCAGUGGCUCUGGAUUUAUUCGGGCGACUACCCUGCAAGAGGAGGAUGUCAUGGUCAGACGGCGCAGUCGUAGCAGGGCCACUCGACGCAGCCGGCGGACGGAAAUGGUCAGCAGAUCACCCCGGAGGGAUAGGGUGGUGCGGCAGGAGCGAAUCGUGCGAGACAUUCCGCCUCCCAGAGAGACCAGUCGACUGCGCGAGACCAUUAUCGUGGACGAGGCUCCAAUGCCCGAGCGUAGAGUGGAGGGUGAUGAUAUCGUGGAGGUGAUCGAGGAGCACUCGUCAAUUGGCGUGCCUCCGCCGAGGAGGAAGAGCAGACGUGGGAGUCAAGGUGGUGGUUACAGGCGAGGAGAAUUCUCCGAUCUCUGAAGUCCAGCUGUAACAGUCUUAUCAUCAUGGGACUUGGGAGAUGGACAGGCAGAUUGUGCAUAAUGUAUGAUAUGGGCGUGUUUACAGCGAGAUGUUGAUCAAGGGCACACAGCAUUAGAGAUAUUUACAUGUGACUUUUGCGAAUGGCGAGAAGAGGGAGAGAAGAGGAGGCAAGAGAAAGGGAAGAGAGGGAGGGAGAGAGAAAGAGAGAAAGACAGAGCAGAGAGAGAAAGAGGAGACGCAAGAAAUAUACCCCCCCUCGCGAUGCGUUGUUUGGUCCGUUUAGCAGCACUGGGCAUGCCCAUAGUGUGCUGAUCCAGAGAGAAAGACAUUACCUACAGCUUCAAUAUUCUACAUGAUGUUU